AUGCCGGGCCCAACACCAAAGCGAAGAAUCGGGGAAAAGUUCGCCCGUGAGGGCAAGCGGCUUAUCACUCCCUCAACUCGGGGACGACUUACCGCCGGCUCAAGCACCGUCGCCCAAUUCUCUGGGACUCAAAUGACUCUCUUCGAGGGUGCCGAUUCUACCGCGAAGAAUGACUUCCCACUGACAGCCCGAUCUCAAUGGGUGUCGCACAUCGGUUUUACCGAUAUCAACAAACUCUUCCCGCAUGUUGAUGUAAACAUCAAUGACAUUAAGGUCUUGAAAGAUCUCACGUAUUCGGCUAUCCGAUACUCGCAGGAAAUUAUUUUCCUCGGUGCCAGACCAGGACCUCCUCAUCUCCAGCAAUAUGGAGCCUGGAUAGGCGAGCAACUCGCUAGUUCUCCUGAGCGCAUUCGUCUCGAUGGUCCAGAGUUAGCCGAGUCGAUUCAGUCAAUCGCUGACAGUCUCGAAUCCACUUCUCUCUCACAUGUGGCCAAAGCCUUCAUAAGCAUCUGCUCCGAUAUUGACUUAAUCCUGACUGGCAAGCGAAAUGCUUAUGACGUCUUGGUCACCGACGGCGUCCUUGAGAAGGUCUUUGAAUUCCUGUCAGAGUAUGACGGGACCAAGUUCUUCCGCGACUUGGGGCAUUUCAAGCCCAACCUGCGUGUUCUUGAGCUUGGUGCAGGCUCUGGUGCGGCGACGACCAAGAUCUUACAAUACUUGAGACACGACAAGGGACAGAAUCUCUUUUCAAGAUAUGUGCUUGCCGAUGCCUCGACUGGUCUGCUCAAUGCAGCGAAAGACCGUUUCAAGGGCGUUGAGAAUCUGGAGUUUGCUUGUCUCAACAUUGAAAGAGACCUAGCCGACCAAGAUUUCGGCGAUGAGGAAUUCGAUCUCAUCAUUGCAGCUGGAUUUUUGCACACAACGAACAAUGUGGAGAAGAGUUUGUCCAAUAUUCGGAAGCUACUGAGCCCGGCGGGCAGAUUGCUCAUCCAGGAGCCAGCAUCAGGGCAAAUCUGGACAAAGUUUAUUCUUGGCACGUUGCCUUGUUGGUGGGCUGAUCUCGAUGGCCGUCAUCCCGAUGAACCGUUCAUGGGUCGGGAAUGGUGGACAGAAAGGCUCGACUCAGCUGGGCUCGGUCGGCAUGAUUUUGUUGAACACCUCGGUCAAAUCGGUCAGAGUAAUGUCAUCAUCGCACAACCAGAUCAUCAACUACUCUCACCUAGAAAGGUGACCUUACUAUUCGAACAAGCAUCUCCCGAGACAGAGAACGUCUAUCGUGAGCUCCAAGCGCGGGGAUAUCACAUCAACCUCUGCACACUCAGCGAAAUUCCUAUCACUGGACAAGACAUCAUCGCACUCAUCGACCUUGACGAGCCGUUCCUCUGGGAUCUCUCAGCAGCCGGCCUCGAAUCCUUCCAACAGUUCGUCAAGAACCUACAGGGGUCUGGCGUUCUAUGGGUCACCCAGCUAAGCCAAGCCGGAGUCAAAGACCCUAGUAAGACGGGUCAACUUGGUAGCUUGUGCUGGUCUGCUCGAAGGCCUACAACCCCUCAAGGAGACGAGAUUGAGGUCGAAGUGCACGCGACGGGUCUCAACUUUAUGGAUAUUCUGGCCGCCAUGGGGAUUCUAGCGCUUCCUCAAACAGACUUUGGCUACGAAGCGGUAGGCAUCAUGCGAAGAAUUGGACCCAAAGCAACUAAACUUCCAGAAUCUAUGAGUCUCCUUGACGGGGCGGCUAGCAAAGAUCAAUUUCUAGAUCUUGGUUUCAGGCCAAAGCCCGUCAUUCCUACCGACAUGGUCAAAGCCAACAGGCUUCUCGCCGACAUUCUAGGCGACUUAGACGAAGAUCUCUCGGAGGACGGGACUAUUCGUAGGAAAGUCGAUGCGAUCAACGACUUCGUCAGUUACGCCCGGAAGAUCCAGCCGAAGGGGGCCGAUGGAGGCUCCCUGCAGAACCAGACUGCAGUACAUCGAUCGACAGUCAAGGUCCUGAAGCCUACGACCAUCACGGAGCCAAGGCGGUCGGCUCGGGUCAAGGCACGCAAUCCCAGGCGGUCCGCCAGGAUCGUGGCGCGAAGGCAUGCGCAGGCCACAACGGAGAAGGGACGAGUAUGA